AUGUUCUCGUCCAAGUCGCGCAAAGCCGUCGAAGCCGUGUCUGUACUCGACCACACUCAGCAACUUCGGACGCCGAAUGGAUGGGCACUGGGACAGCUGGCCGAGCUGGGCAUCGGCGGAGAGCUCACUGCCAUGGCAUUUGUAGGGACAUCAGCAGGUCGUCUCUUCGUCUUUGGCGCACCGGGCGUCCAGGUCGAGUGGGAUGUCGACGCGAAGGACACCCUCUACGUCUACGACCUCCAGCGCAUCGAAAAGGGUCGUCCGCAUCGCGAUUCGUCCCUUUCGCUCCGCUCGACCGUAAUCUGCGUCGAAACCUCCGCCUCGCACUCUUUCCUCUUCCUCGGCUGCAAGGAUGGGACGGUCGACGUGUACGAUAUCGACCGCGGCAUCCUCGCUCCGCAUGCUCGCAUCCCGAACCUUUGGCUCGUCCAGGAGGAGAUCUUGCGGAGAAGCGGCGUGCCCGACGCACCUUCACGAAGACACAUUCCCGUCUGUACCGACAUCAAGGCUCACCCGCUCGACCUCAACCUGCUUCUCGUUGCGUACGAGGGCGGUGUUGCGCUAUGGAACAUCGCGACGCGACAAGCCGACCGGACGUGGGAGUUUGUCCUUCCGCCAGGCGCAGCAGGAGGAGGAAAUGACACGGAGGAGACGAUUUUCAUGGAGCGGCGACCGGCAGUCACCUGCCUUGCCUGGCGACCAGACGGACUCGUCUUCGCCGCAGGACACGAGGACGGCUCGCUGAGCUUUGCGGCGACGGCGGACGACAACCCGAUCAUGAUCCGCACGCUCGAGCGGGCGGACGUCAAUAAGGCGACGGAGGAGGAUCUGUUCGGCUGGUCGUCGCAAGGCCAACCUGGGCAGCGUCAGCCGGCGAACCGCGAGCCGAUCUUCCGCCUUGCGUGGUCGGGCUUUCCGCAGGAGACGUACCUCUCGCAGGCAUUCGCCAGCAUGGCCGGGCCGUCCUCGCCCACUCUACCGUCGUCUCCUUCGCUCACGGAGCAGAAGGCCGACUUGCACGGCGGGACGCUGUUGACCGUCAUGGGCGGCAUCCUUCCCUCAGAUCCAGUUGGCAUCCACGUCCUCGAGUUCCCCGCCUACGUCGCUCCGACCGCAGCCACCGCCAAGUCGGGAGGUAUCCCUCUCGCCGUCCGGGAAGCUUUACGAGAGUCGAUCUCGCCCGUCGCUCACCAUCUCUACCCUACGCCUGCACCUCCCGAGGACUUCCUCCUUCUCCCCCGAAGCUCGCCUCAUUACGGUGGCGCCUACGACCCUUCCGCCAUCAUCAUCACUUCCGGCCGCGACUCACGCUGCCCCGUCCCUCCAGCGCCGCACUCGAGCAACUCGAUCGAGGCUUUCACCUUUCCGCCCACCAACUCCCGCGCACCUCGCACCCUCUCUCUCCCUUCAGCGCUCUCUUUCUCUGGCAGAGACACCUGCACGUCCGCAAAGCUCGCCAUUGUUGGCUCCCUCUCAUACCGUCACCUUCCUCACCAGUUCGACAUUUCCGAGGAGACGGCCGAACGCAUCCCGCUCAAAGGCGGUCACGCCAGUCCUCUACCUCGACCGAAUCGUCGAGGGCCGCCUCCGACAUCCGGCGACCAGCCUCCUCGCAUCCUCAUCACUACGCACAUCGACCUGAGCGUUCGCUUCUCGGACGUCUCGACGCACGUCCUCUGGGGCCGCAAGCCGGAGGACAGUAGCGACCCGCGGACUGAGCAAGACUUCCCGCGCCCCCUUCGACACCUCGACAUCGAUGUCAAGGCUGCGCUGGCGGAUCCUCGAGCGGCAGGUCUUGAGGCGGCACGACUGUGGAAGGCGCGACCUUGGGAGCUCGAGAUUGACAAGGUCGAGCUGGCAGAGGAGAACCUCGAAGUCGCAAUCAGCCUGUCGACUGGCGAUGUGCUCGUGCACCGUUUCGCUUACGGCGAGGUACCCCGCGAGCUCGAGCAAGACCGCGCCGACGCCGAAGCAACCCUGGACGACACGGUUCAGGGAGCUUUGCGCGACAUGAACCUGGACACAGCGAAUCCGGUUCCGCCUCGGCCUCCCUUCGGCUCGACCAGCCAGCAGAGCCGUCAAGGUGCUUUUGCGCCAACCUCCUACUCCGCCGACAUGGACCCUCAGGACCGCUACAUCAACCUCACAGGCGCCGCCGUACCGCGACCCGACCUCGACGGUUUCCGCCCGAUCGCAGCGUUCGCCUUCGCAUCAACUUCGUCUGCGAGCGGGAUCGCAUCGAAGAGCUGCCUCGCGUUCAGCAACAUCGGCUUCCUUGCCGUCUCAAACGACGCGACCCUCAUGGUCGUCGACAUGCGCGGGCCGGACGUCCUUCUUGUCGAUUCGGCUGGUUCUGGACGGUCAGUCGCGUCCGACAAGGGCAAGAGUAAGGCGAAAGUCGACAACUCGCCCGUUACGGCCUUGACGUGGACAGUCAGCGCGAUUGGAGAAGACCACGACCGCUCGCCUCGCCUCAUCGUCGCGCAAGCGUCCGGUCUCAGCCGCAUCUUCGAGCUCGCCAACGUCAGCGGAUCAUGGCUGAUCAGCGACCGCUUCGCCUCCGUCCACCACGACAGCACUCGCAACACCUUCGCUACCUUUGUCCUCGACAAGCGCGGCAACGAGCUUGUCGCUGACUCGCAGAACCUGCAACUCGCGCUCAAUCAGCAGGCCACCUACACCUCCCCCGACAAUAUCGACCCCGUCGGCGCCUUGACGAGUCUCUGGAUCACGGUCGCUCCUACGACGCUCGCCUGCUUCUACAACGUCGAUGGCCCGAAGACUGCCAUGUACGACGACGAGCACGGCCAGUUUGAGCGAGCAGCCAUCGUGCGCGCUCAGGGCUGUACAGCGCUCGCUGUCCAGUCGAGAAACUGCAUGCUGCACGUCUUCUCGCUUCCCGACCUCCAGCAGGUCGCGCGCUUGCGGUUCGAGGCGACUCUGCACGACUCGGCAGGCGUCUUCCACAUUGCGCCAGAUGGCGACUUCGUACAACUCCUCGACCCUCUCAACGUCCGACUCGGCACCAUCCGCGAUUUCUAUCGCCCCGCCUUCCCACCAAAUGUCGUCGCGUACGACUCGUCGAUCGCGAUACCUGCACAAGUCAGCGCUUUGCAGUCCGUCGGAUCCGCACUAGGGGCUUGGUUCGGUGCGCAGAAGGUGUACACGGGCGCAGAGAUCGACGGAAUUCUUGGCGGCACGACCCGUCCUCCUCCGAAGAACCGCCCAGCUGCAGGAGCUCCUCCACCCAUUGUCGCUGCUACUCGCCAAGCAAAAACGGCCUCCUCGUCCGGCUACAUCACGCCCACCCAGACGCAGUUCCUGCAGGGGGCGAGCGAGUCGGCGCGCGACAUCAUGGCCAAGACGAGCGCGGCUCUCGAGCAGCGCAAUGAGUACCUGGGCUAUUUAGGCGAGCGCCUUGGGACGAUGGCGGACGAUGCAGCGAAGUUUGCGAGCGAGACGAAGCGCAAAGCGCAGCAAGAGGCGGCGAAGAAAAGCAUCGCCGGUGGCUUCUCGUCUCUGUGGAAGAAGGUUCCGUAG